AUGGAGGAGGAUAGGAACAGGAAAUGGGCGAUGGCAUUCACGGCCCGGAUGAGACAGAUUGUCCCUGGUCUCUUCCUUGGGAAUGUCAAGGCAUCAUUCAAACGAGAUAUGCUUCGAGAGAAUCGCAUCAAUGCUAUAGUCUCCCUCACUGAUGCCCGGUGGGUGUGGUGGAAUACCACUACAAGGGAGGCAGGUGUUCCAGAGCAUCGUCACAAAUGGGUUCAGUGUGCGGAUUCAUCAACGCAGGACCUUUUGGCCGACAUGAGUGACAUCUGCGACUUCAUCGACCAGAUGGCAUCGCCUGCCCUUUUCUCAUCAUCCUCCUUACCCGUCGAAUAUAGGCACGAAUCGAAUGAGCCGCGCAAUUCACCUUCGGAGGCCAUAUUAAUCCACUGUGAUCUUGGGAUAUCACGCUCGCCAACGAUCAUUGUUGCCUAUCUCAUGCGCAAAUACUGUCUUAAGCGAAAUGAAAUAUUAGCAUUUGUUCAAUCAAAGCAGAAAGUCAAGCCGAGUGCUAAUUUUACUCGUCAACUCCAAGUUUGGGAGGAUGUGGGCUAUCAAGUAUGGGAAAAUGAGGAGAAAACUGUCGCGAAAGCACCAUACCAAGUGUUUUUGAAUGAUCGGGCUACUAUUUUGGAGAAGAAGGGGCUCACAGGAAAUGAGCUUCUCGCACCCCAGAACCUGUAA